CGCUAUAAAGGAGCUGCUUGGCCCUCCAGUCCUCCUCCCCGCCUCCAUUUCGCCCACUCCGACCUUCGUCCACACACCUUCCACCAGCCACCAGCCACCGAAAAAGCCCCAAUCCCAGCAACCACAAACCACUCACGUGAGUUCAAGCGAGGUAAGCAUAGAUCCGAGCGAGUUCUUGCGUCGCCAAGGUAAGGUUCUUUGAAUCCCAAGCCCUCUUCCUCCCUCCCCUGUUCGUCUCCUUGUUCACGCGGCAGGCAGCGAGUUCUCCAGGACGUUUUAGAUCCCGGGGCUCCAGAUCUGUUCUUUUUUCUUCUCUUUUAGCUGUAGUAAUCGGCCAGGCGAGGUUCUUUUUCCACACCUCCUUGCUCGUUGUGUCUAGAUCUACCACCAACGCCAUCUCUUUUUGCCGUGGCUGUUGUUGAUUUUCUCUGCCUGUUCUAGGUUUUGGUUUGGAAACCAGGCAGAUUUCUUUCUUGUUCAUCUUUCCAAGAAAACAAAAAUCCAAAAAAAAGUUCUUCCUAGUUCCUUAGAUGGCUGCCGCUAUAGAUCUGUCCGGGGAGGAUCUGGUGAGAGCACUCGAGCCUUUUAUCCGAGAAGCCUCUGCCCCCCCUCCACUCCACUCCCACCUUAGUCCCACCUCGCCAUUCUCCUUCCCCCACGCCGCCUACAGUGGGUACCCGUACGGGGUGCAGGCACAGGCCCAGACCGAGCUCAGCCCGGCCCAGAUGCACUACAUCCAGGCACGCCUCCACCUCCAGCGCCAGACCGGCCAGCCGGGCCACCUCGGCCCGCGGCCCCAGCCCAUGAAGCCCGCUUCGGUGGCAGCGGCGACCCCGCCGCGGCCGCAGAAGCUCUACCGUGGCGUGCGGCAGCGCCACUGGGGCAAGUGGGUGGCGGAGAUCCGCCUCCCCCGCAACCGCACCCGCCUCUGGCUCGGCACCUUCGACACCGCCGAGGAGGCGGCCCUCGCCUACGACCAGGCCGCCUACCGCCUCCGUGGCGACGCAGCGCGGCUCAACUUCCCCGACAACGCCGCCUCCCGCGGCCCGCUCCAUGCCUCCGUUGAUGCCAAGCUCCAGACCCUCUGCCAGAACAUCACCGCCUCCAAGAACGGCAAGAAGUCCGCCUCCGUCUCCGCGUCCACCGCCGCAGCCACGUCGUCCACCCCCACCAGCAACUGCUCCUCGCCGUCCUCCGACGAGGCGUCGUCCUCGCUGGAGUCCGCGGAGUCGUCACCGUCACCCGCCACCACCACCGCAGCAGAGGUUCCAGAGAUGCAGCAGCUCGACUUCAGCGAGGCGCCAUGGGACGAGGCAGCCUGCUUCGCCCUCACCAAGUACCCGUCGUACGAGAUCGACUGGGACUCGCUUCUCGCCACCAAUUAGCACCCAGUUUGUGUUCGUCAGCUACUACUACUACCGUCUUUAGCGUUUCAUGAUGCUAGGUUAAUGGGUCGCCGCGAUGCAGAUGGCAUUUUAGACAUUCUGCACGGGCUUUUAGCGGAUUAGCUCUAAGUCUCUAAUCCUUGUUCAUUGUGUAGAUCUAUUAUUUGUUCUCUUUGUGGGUAGGGUUUGGUUAGUCCGUCCCGGAUGACUAUAAGCCGGCGUUUUUGUGCCCGGCGUCUCCGGUGGUCGGUCACUGGUCAGUGACUCCGGCCGGUGAAGUCUCUGUGUCCAUGGUUCUAGCUAGGUGCUGUUCCUUCCGCUGCUCUGCAGAUUGUAACAGUGGGAGUCUGUCAUGUAAAAUUAGCUCGUAAAAAAUCGUGUAAUGUGGAAUAUUAUUUUGUUGUUAA